CAACCAUUUCUUUUUUUAUGUUACUAUUUCAUGGAGGUCAAUUUUGUGGUGUGCAUAACAAGAAUAGCUGUCUUGCCAACAUAUUGUGUUUGUUGAGGUAAGGAUUUCCAUCUGUUUAGCUGGAUGGCCAUUAGGAGGUUUGCAUUUAAUUAAACUUUGCUCUGUGGGGAGUUUAAAUCUUCCAUGCCACACUUUUCAGAUUUUUAUUUGUAAAAAUCUGAAAUAUCAAUAGCAAUUUUAUAUGCUAUUGCGUUGGUCUAUUACAAAAGUUAUGAUAUAAAGCUUUGUUUUUCAUUGUGUGAAAAGGUUCAAGGAAUACAUAUACUUUUGCAAGGCAUUGUAAUAAACCUCCAAUGUUGAUGAUACAAGGUUGUAGAAAACUCUCCACAACAAUAGGACUAUAAAACAAUAUAAAAAAUGAUUAAUAGUUAACCUGUCUGACAAUGAAUGUUUUGCCAUCUGGCAACAUACAGAGAUGCAAGUAGGUCACUGCUGAAAGGAAAGCACAGCAGAAAAAGACAAUAUUAUUAUUGGAGUAUUUUAACAGGAAACCUGUCCUCUAAGACUGUUCAAGAAACAUUCUGAAUGUUUAGUGUGUCUCCUGUUUUGAGGGUGAAAAUGAGAGCAUUGUUCCACAUACUUAAACUAAAAGAAACUGACAAAGUCAGGUGCAAAACCCUGAACAUUGAACUUUUGGAGAGUUGCCGCCUUCAACUACUACUUAAGACAAAGGCUAACUGCUGUUGCUGCAGCAGAAAAAGGGGAGUGUUGCAGGAGGAGCAACACUCACCUGACUGAGGAGAUAAUAACAACCGAGGCACCACAGGAAGAUCUAUUUUUCACUUUAUGGUAAGGUUUUAGGAGAAUCAUUUAAAAGUAAAAGUCUGACUAUUUCAGUCUUGUAAGAGAACUUUAAUGUGUAAGUUUUAAUCUGAAUUGAAUCUCAACAUUUUGGCAGUAUUCUCUGAAAACAUGACCUCGGCUCAGGAGCUGCUUCGAUCUCAGAGGGAACUGUUGCUGAACUGGACUUGCGACCAUCCAGCUCCCCUGUUGCGUUGGCUCUAUGACGAUGAGGUGCUCUCUCCCAGCUCCUACCCAUAUUUACUAGAAAAAUCACCUUCUGAUGCUGUGGCUCAGGCUCUGGAGACAGCAUGUGCCUCAGAGGAGAGCAGUCAACAGUUCCUGCAGGUGCUGAGAGAAGUGCAAGAUUAUUACUGCAAGGAUCUGCACAUUUGGGUUGAUAGACACUGUAGAUCUUUUGCAAACAAACAACCACCGUCUGAAGUGGUAGAAGCUGAAGAUAAGCACAAGAAACCAAAAGGACCCAUUGCUAAACUAUUCAAAAGGAAGAACAAAGGAUUCUCCAUAACACCGGAGGUUAGAGGUAAGAAAGAUCUAAAACCAACAAGGAGCCAAAGGGUGGCCAACCUCAAAGCUCAAAUUUCUAUCCACAAAACAACCUUACUGACGCGCAUGGAGGAGCUGAAAUGUUACUCAGAGGGCAGUGGAGAAACUUCAAACUCAACUUUUCACAUUGAGAUUCGCUACACUGACCUCUUCGUCACAGAGGACAACGACUUCACUGACAGCAGUCAACAUGAGUACUUUGACUUAGCAAGCAGACGAGCCCGUAUCUAUGUCCACCAAUCAUGCCAGCGCAUUAGGCCAAGCCAACUACUGAGUCCUCAAGAGACAACAGGACAGCCACCUAAAAGGGUUAAAGUGAAGGGUAUUGCUGGUAUUGGAAAGAGUGUAGCGGUCCAGAGGCUCGUCUAUGAAUGGGCGAUCGGAAAGAGCAUGCGUGAAUUCACCUGCAUCUUUGAUUUAUCUUUCAGAGAGCUCAAUCUAAUUGAAGCUCCUAUUAGUUUGUUGGAGCUACUUGGAGAGAGGUUCCGGCACUUAAAGGAUGCUCUUCCUGAUCUGUUCGCUGCACCAGGAUCUCUGCUCUUCAUCCUCGAUGGCUUAGAUGAGUUUAGAUUCUCUUUAGACUGGAAAAGUCGGGAUAAAAACAUUGGUUUGAAGUCAAAGCUGCCCGUGUCUGAGCUGAUAGUUGCUUUGAUUAAAGGAAAUCUUCUCCCAGAGGCAUCCAUCAUUCUCACAACAAGGCCAUCUACAGAAGCUCCAAAGCGUUUCUUUCAGAGAUGCUGUGUGGUGCUGGGCUUUGAGGAAAACCAGGUCAAAGAGUAUACCACCAAGUUCUACAAGGACAGGAAAGUCGCAGAAAAAGUCUACGAUUACAUCUCGAACAAUGACAGCAUUUUUGUGUUGUCCUUUAUCCCACUUUAUUGUUACAUCAUCUGUACUGCUAUGCUGGAGUUCUUCUUGGGAUCUCAGGAUGUUGGUGACUUUAAAUCUCUGGAGUUAAGCCCGCCCAGAACAGUGAGUGAGGUUUACUUCUGCUAUCUGUUAACAACAGUAAAACACCAUGGACUGAGGGCAAGUGGAGAAAGAUCAACUUCAAGAUCGGAAGUUCUCUCCCAAGCAAAGCAACAGCUGACAAACCUGGGAAAACUGGCCUACGAAAAUCUCUUGCAGAGGAAGAUCAUGUUCAGCAGAAAAGACCUGGAGAAUUAUAGUGUAACACCAGCUAAUAUCCAAAGCACCUUUCUUUGUCAAAUCCUUCAUCCUGUUAAAGAAGAGGCAGUAGAGAUGUUUUCCUUUUUCCACUUGACUGUUCAGGAACAUUUGGCAGCUCUCUACUGUGCCCUCAACCUCUUCAGUCAGGAGGAUAUAACUCAAGCUUUAAACCUCUGGUGCUUUGGGUCACAGCCACCAUCUGCCUCUUCUACACUGCUAAAACAAAUAGAUCUCAACAUGGACAUGUUGGAUAGUCUCCAAAUGUUCACAAGAUUCUUUAUGGGUCUUCUCCGAACGAGGUUAGAAAAACAGCUAGAUGGCCUUGUUGACCCGUCCCAGCAGGAGGAGAAUGGAAUCCCCAAUGGUUUGGGUUUAUGGUUCCAAGACCAAUUUAAACACAGGGAGAUGAAAAACGAAACUGCAUUGAAUCUUUUGCAUUGUUUGAUGGAGUUUCACACGAACGAGACCACCACCAUCGCAGCACCAGAGAUUAAGAAGCUUAACUUGUUUAAAAUGAAGUUGAAUAUUGUGGACUGUGCAGCAAUGCACUAUGUGCUGAAGUUUUCUCCACACACGCUUCAGGAACUCAACCUGGGUUACUCAAACAUUGGAAACAGAGGACUCAACCGACUGAGGCCAAUCCUCCAUCGCUGUGAAUCCCUCUAUUUGAGAUACAACUGUCUGGAUUGGCAAGCAGCGAUAUUAGAAUCUGCAGUUCUGAAAUCAAACGAAUGCCAAGUCAGGAAACUCUUUAUGUGUGGAAACAACCUGGGUCCAGAAGGGGUUAAUGAGCUGUGGACCGCCCUGGAGAACAACACCACUGUUGAAGAGCUCUAUCUGGACAUCACUGGUAUCACAGAGAAAGGGACGGAAAACAUUGUUAACUGUCUCAGCAAAAACACUUCCCUGAAGAUUCUGACAAUUGUUGGAAAUGACAUUGGAGAGGUGGGCAGAAAAAGGCUCAGAGAACUGCAGAAAUUGAGACCAGAUUUAAGGAUUAUUGCAAACUUCGUGGACGACCUGGGGUUGCUCCAGGCCUACCUGGGCUGGGUGGAGGAGAUCCGUGCCGACAGGGACCAGAUGGACUCGGUGAAGAACGUGGAUGCUCUGCAGUCAGUGCUGCGAGGCCUGCAGAACAGUGGAGGGGAAAUGGAGAAAGGAGAGAAUGCAGAUAAAGCUAUGGAGCUCCAGAUAAAGAUUGAGGAGUUGCUAAAAUCACAUCUGAUUGGAGGGAGUUGAACACAACUUUUGUUUCAUGUUCUGUUGGAAUAAUCAAAGACAUUUAUAACAAACUGACAUAAUGAGUUCAGUCUGUUAAAGCAGGCUUUGAAUCUUCUCUGAAUUUUAUGUGGCAUGUGUUAUUCUGUUUUUUCAAAAGAAGCUCUAGAAAUCACGGGUAAGUUCAGGUGGUUCUGUAAAUGCAGAUAUAAUCAAACGUAUUUUUCUCUAGAAGGAUUUCUACCUUUUUUAGACAUUGAUCAUGAACCACUAUUAUUGCAGAUGUCAAACAUAGAAAAUUAAAAUGUCCUAGUCCAUAAUUCACUGAAACCAAAAAAAUAUUGUGUGCUAUAUUGUGUGCUUUGUGCCUUAAUGUUUGGCGCCUGAAAAAGAACUAAAAAUAAAUAAAGGAAUACAUGAAUUGAUAUUUAAAAUAAUAAUAAAAAA